UUACAGCAUUGACCUCCAUCUCUGUGCCAAGAUCCUGAGUUAUGCAGUGUAACUGCUGAUGAUUUACUAUUACCAGGUCGUACUAGUCCAACAUCAAUAUUUAAUCAAAUUCUGCAACUAUAAGCAACAUAUCGAUAAAAUUGAGCAACUUUAUACAAUUUGCAUAUUCAUUUGUGAGAAAUACCUGAAUUGUUUCUCAGUUUACAAGUUCUACUUGUUCUACUUGCCAAGUUCACAAGUUAACUUGGCAAAAGUGAAACUGGGAUAACGCCGCUUCGUGACGUCAUCUGCGGAUUUUGUUUUUGGACCAUACGUUCCCCUGAAAAUUUUAAAUGUUAUAUUUAUUUAUAUAUCUGAUUAAUUUGGCAAAAAAUGGUGACAAUACAAUGUACGUGUACGUUGCAACGUAGCUACAAAAAAAACACAUCGUAAAGGUUGAAAACCAGCACGGUGUUUUCCGGUGUGGCCCAUAAGCACUUAACUUCCUGGUAAAAGCUGACGGUACCUGGUAGGCAGUCCGAGAAACUUCACAAAAACCAAGCCUCGAAAUUGCCAGAAGCCAGAUAGCUUCUAGAUGUGAAGACAGGAGUCCGGGCUUGGAUAUCAACAGGCUCUUCGAAAUGGACCUCGAUAUACUUCACAAGAUUGAUGAGGAUCUGACUCAGAGCGAGGUUGCAGGCUUGAAGUUUCUCUGCACGGAUCAAAUUGGCAGGAAACGCCUGGAGACUGUAAAGGAUGCGAAAGACUUGUUUGUACGGUUCUCAGAGCAAGACUUGCUCAAGAAUGACCUCUUCCUCCCUGACCUGCUCUGCACUAUUGGUCGCUUUGACUUACUUUCCAUCCUGGACACUGACAAAGAAAAUGUCAAGACGUCGUUGCAAAAUCGGUGCUCCGGUGUUUCAGAGUACAGAAAGAUGCUCUAUUCUCUAUCAGAAGAUGUAACAGAGGAAAACCUUAAAAACAUGAAGUUCCUUUUGAGCAAACUUCCUAAGGCAAAAAUGUCUUCUGCUACAUUUCUGGACGUCCUGGCUGAGAUGGAGAAAAUGGAAAUGCUUGGAGAAGACAAACUGGAUAAACUAGAAGACGUUCUGAGUAAAUGUAAUAAAGAGCUCGCUGGUGAAGUACAGAAAUUCAAGAACAAAAGGCAACGCAUAUUAUCAACAAGUCAGGUAGAAUCCCUGCCUGAACAACAGGUAGAAUCCAUGCCUGUACAAGAACAAUCCAUGUCUGUACAAGAUGAAGAAUCCCUCAGUCCACUUACACGUGAGCCCAGCAUAGACUCAGAUACUACAGGACCGGCGCCCGCAAAUGAGGAUGAUUAUUAUCCCAUGACCCAGCGGCCUUUAGGACACUGUGUGAUUAUUAACAACUUCAAUUUUGAAAGGACCUCAGAUCUCAGCAAUAGGAGAGGGACUGAUGCUGAUAGAGAUAAACUUACCGAAGUUUUCACAAGAAUGCAUUUCAUAGUCAAAGAGAAAAGAGAUCAGAAAAGUUCAGACAUGCUGGAAGUGGUGAAGGAAUUUUCAUCAUUGGACCACUCCAGAAUGGAUGCCUUCGUGUGCUGCAUCCUCUCACAUGGUCAGAAGGGUACUGUUUUAGGGGUUGACGGCGUACCUGUUCAGAUCCGUGAAAUCACUCAACAAUUUGCCCAAUGCCCGACACUCAUGGGCAAGCCCAAACUCUUCUUUAUUCAAGCGUGUCAGGGCAACAAUAUGCAGAAGGGUGUGUUGAGACCAGAUGGACCUGAAGAAGACGGGGUUGAGAGUGAUGCUGAAAAAGACAAUCUUUUGGAUCUUCCUAUUGAAGCAGACUUCCUGAUUGGGAUGGCAACUGUGGAAUCCUACAAGUCUUUUCGUCACACGACAAGUGGAUCCAUUUACAUUCAGGAAUUGUGCAAACAACUGAUUUUAGGCUGCAUAAGUAAAGAAGACAUCCAUGCAAUUCUGACGAAAGUGAACCGCAAAGUGAGCGAAAAAGAGUUGAAAAAACAUAAGCAGAUGCCUGAGCCUCGCUACACUCUUUUAAAAAAACUGGUGUUACCCAUAGACUGAGCGAGAAUGUCUUUUUGUGAUCAGACUUGGCCUUCCGUUACACCUCAUUAACCUUGCUUUCUAUUCCACUUAUACAGCCUGAUUGUCCUGUAGUUUUUCUUUUUGGUGUUAGUUGUUUAUAUUUUUUAAAGGAGCACUCAGGGUAAUUCACUGGCUUGCCAGGUGUUUUUUUUUUUUUUUCUUUUCAGAAUGCUGUAAUGAGGGUUUAUCUGCAAUGUCAAUUUUCACAAUAGAGCCUUAAAAAUAUAUAGAAGACCUCACUCACAGUCCACUUUAAAAAUAACUGUGUACACCUGCACACUUAUACAGUUAUCUAUUCAUUCAUGUAGCAGCAGAAACUUAAAAAAAAAAAAUCAUGCUGAUCCAAGUUAAUGUUCACAUCAAAAUUCAGAAGUUCUCACGUUAAGGAUGGUGGCAUUACCACAAGACAUUAAACUGUAGAUGUGCUACAACAGACGAGACCACAUCCUGUCAAUUCUGUGUUCCUGUUCUGAUGUUGUAGCUCAUCUACCUCAAAGUUUGUUAUUUUGGGCAUACGUUUGAUGGUUUUCUGCUUGGCAUGAGUGUAAAGUCUGAUUAGUUCCACAAGUUCCUUCCCGGAGGCUUAAACCAACCUGGCGAUUUUUAAGGCUUGUUGUGAGAACUGGCAAAAUGCUCAAUGUUUUUUUUUUUAUUUAUCAGUCCACUUUGUCAAAACUCUAGACACUGUUCUGUCUAAAAAGACAUCAGAUAUGACCAUGGGUAAAUGUUUCAAAAUUCUGAUGUUCUUGCCUUGUCUCUGAAUUAAUAACCGUGUAUGAGAUUAUGUAUGAGUGCAUAAAUGAGCAGGUGUACAGCUGUUCCUGUUAAUUUGGAUGAGAAUCUCUAUGCAGACAAAUACAACGAAAAAAAAUGGUGCAUUCUGUUUUUGUUUUGGUGGCAAUACAUCAUUCUCAAACUCGUAUAUUGUCCACAGCUGUGAUCAGGCUUUAUGUUCAAAUGUGAUGUUUUUUUAGGUGGUGCCAUAUUGAAAAAAGGGAGUGUGCCAACCGUUCAAUACUCGUCUUAGCGUUAUAGUUUGGCUCGAUUUUAGUUCAAUGCCCUCAAAAGUAAUUCCAAUGGAUCGCAGGAGCAAAACAGUCACAUGUUCCUGCUUAAUUCUCUCUAAAGCAGUAAUUCAGUUAGGUGAUUGAUUGAUCUUGAGGUUUUCCUGUGUACAGGAUCAUUAGCCAAUAUUCAUUUUAUUCUGAUUGUCACAUGUUUUAGUGUUUCAGGUGAUGUUUCAAAUAAUCACAUGAAUUGUCUUAUUGGAUUUGACUUGGGGCUCUUUUGCAGGCUAAUGAAAAGGGUAGCAGUGUUUGAUCACACAAUACUUUGCCAUUGCUUCCUACAUCCUGGUUUGUGGGAGUUCUGUGUUCUGCUUGUACAUUAAACACAAAAGCACUUCUGGUCCCCAACUAUAAAACUUUGUAAAAUAAUGAACUGCUGCUUUCUGGGUUUGACCUCUGUUUCUUCUAGGGUGUUUCUUGCAAAACAAUGUUUUUUUCAUAUCUUUAAAGUGUGAUGGACACACAGUACCAACCAUGCCAUAUUACCUUCAGUAACCUUGGAAAGUAUUUUUGAUGAGCUAUUUUUGAUUGGGAGUUUAUUUUUAUAUCAUCCACAUUGAUGUUGCUGGAAUAUUUUUGCAUCUUUGUGUUUAUUGUUAUACAAUUUUAUUGAGAGGAAAAUGAUCUGAUCGCAAAUCUUGAACUGUUUACAUGUAUAUUAAGAAGUGAAUAUUAAAAAAUAAUUGUGAAUUUAAAUUAGAUAUGUUCAAAUAUUUUUAUAGUCAAAUGCAAACCAAAUGCAAUUUUAGAUUAUAAUUUACCAGAUAUUUUUUUUUCCCAGAUCAAUCGUGUAAAGAGCUAAAACAUUUGCACGGAUCAAAAUGGAGAUAAAGAAAAAUGCUGCACUUUGAUGUCGGUAUGAAAAAUGUUGGUGUGAUUUGUAUUUGAGCCAUUCCCAUAUUAAAGAAAUACAUACUGUGGAA